CCUGCUUCCAUGACUCAUAUGUUGUCGGACUAUUCCUCGUAAACACGAGACCAGCGAGUUGUUGUGUAUGUUUUCAAUUCGCUAGUGGACACUACGUAUAAAGCUAUUAUUUUACGGACAGUACGACUCGGUCGAGCUCACUGACAAUCUUGUUAGCUCACCUCUGUAACCCGCGGGCAAUAUGGUAUCGUCUUUCGAUAUACGAUGCAUUUGGGUAUGAUAAUAAUAAGGCGACAGCAGUGCUAGCAUGGCGGGAGCUAAGCCCGGUGUUCACGCCGUACAGUUAAGGCCAAUCUGCGUACCGGAGUCGCUUAUCAAAGGCAACAAGUUCAUCAAAUGGGAUGAGAGCUCUACGAUUGGAACCCCGGUCACCCUCAAGGUGGACCCGAAGGGCUACAUCCUGUACUGGAAGGAUCAAAAUAAGGGCCAAAGUACAGGCAGGAAGGUGUCCAUGACUGUAGCGGACAUGGAUUGUCUGGACAUCUCCUUUAUCCGGGACACCCGAACUGGCCGAUAUGCCAAAGUUCCAAAGGAGGGGAAGUUGAGGGACACAUGUGUAAUCGGGAAUAUGGACUGUUCUCUGGAGGACAAGACAGUUACCAUCGCCUACAACAAGGAUCCCUCCAAAAGUAACAUGGUGGAUGUGGACUUCAUCAACUUUGUGUGUGCCAGCAAGCCUGUAGCUAAGGAAUGGUGUGAAGAGUUACUCAAGUAUUCCACCAACCUCUUGGCUCUCAACGCCAGUGCCCUAUCCUAUCUGGAGAAAGCCCACACCAAACUCACACACGUACUGGAUGUCAACGGACGUAUACCAGUCAAAAACAUUGUGAAGAUGGUUGCUAAACAUACAGAGGACCGGCGCCGUGUGGAAAAGGCUCUUGAGGCUGUGGGUUUUAAUGCUGGAAAGAAUGAGACCAUAGACCCCAACAGAUUUACUUUUGAUGGAUUUUUCAACUUCUAUCGCCACCUGGUGGGAAGAACAGAAGUGGACAAAGUUUUUGAUGAGAUCGGUGCCAAGAAGAAGCCCUAUCUGACAGUUGACCAGUUUGUAGACUUCCUGAACCGUGAGCAAAGAGAUCCACGUUUGAAUGAGAUUUUAUACCCUUACUACACCACAAAGCAAGCCCAGGACCUGAUAAACACCUACGAGACCAAGACUGGCAUGGCAGCCAAGGGGGAUGUUGAACCAGGACAUCUGUCCCAGGAGGGAUUCCUCAUGUUUCUGAUGAGCGAUGAGAACCAGAGUAUCGCACCAGACCUGUUGGAUCUAAGCCAUGAUAUGACUCAACCUAUUUCUCACUACUUUAUCAACUCCAGCCACAACACGUACCUAACAGGCCACCAGCUGACCAGUAAGUCGUCAGUAGAGUUGUACAGACAAGUCCUCCUCAGUGGCUGUCGCUGUAUAGAACUGGAUUGUUGGGACGGACGAGGGGCCGAUGAAGAACCAAUCAUCACCCAUGGUUACACAAUGUGUACUGACAUCUCAUUUAAGGAAGUAAUUGAAGCCAUUGCAGAAAGUGCCUUCAAGACGAGUGAUUUCCCAGUGGCCCUGUCCUUUGAAAACCACUGCUCACCAAGACAGCAGGCCAAAAUGGCAGCCCACUGUAGAAACUUAUUUGGGGAUAUGUUACUGACGGAGCCAUUGGCUACAAAUCCAGUUGAGCCUGAUACACCAUUACCAAGUCCACUCCAGAUGAAGGGCAAGAUCAUUAUUAAAAACAAGAAGCGACACGCUCACAAACCAAGGCCAGCAAAGGUCCAGACACCUCUAAAGAGCACACCAAGUGCUAGUAAAAUGGGUCAGGUGAACGGGGAGACCAAAGGCGGAGGAGGAGAUGGAGACGGAGGGGGAGGAAGUGAGGGGAAGACAACUCCAGCACCCCCCGAACCCAAGCCACGUACAGAGAGUGAGAGCGGGGAGGGAACGCCUGCAGACAAACCUAGAGAAGGACCAAUCGAUUCUGACGAGGAUUCCGAAUCGGACGAGAGCGACUUUGAAGAGGAGGAGGAAGUCCAGGAUAAGAUAAAGAGUAACUUCAAGCAGGAUAAGGGUACUGCAGGAAAAGAAGCUGAAGCCGGCCAGGAAAUGUCAGCUCUUGUCAACUACAUACAGCCUGUCCACUUCCACACCUUUGAUAUCUCAGAAAAGAGAAACAGGAGCUAUGAGAUCUCAUCCUUUGUGGAGACCCAAGCUCUGAGUUUACUAAAGGAAUACCCAGUAGAUUUUGUCAAUUAUAACAAGAGACAAAUGAGUAGGAUCUACCCGAGAGGAACGCGUGUCGACUCCAGUAACUUUCUUCCACAGAUCUUCUGGAAUGCUGGCUGCCAAUUGGUUGCAUUGAAUUUCCAAACAUUAGAUGUACCAAUGCAGAUCAACCUCGGAAUAUUCGAAUACAAUAACCGCUCAGGUUACAUACUCAAGCCAGACUUCAUGAGGAGGACGGAUCGACGGUUUGACCCCUUCGCUGAGUCUACUGUAGAUGGAAUUAUAGCUGGCAAGGUUGUUGUCAAGAUAAUUUCUGGCUCUCUCCUGUCAGAAAAGAAGAUAGGUACUUAUGUGGAAGUGGAAAUGUAUGGGCUCCCCACAGAUACUGUCAGGAAAAAAUUCAAAACCAACAUGGUACAAAACAAUGGAAUAAACCCGGUCUACUCUAGUGAACCCUUUGUGUUUGAAAAGGUCGUCCUUCCAAAUUUAGCUGUGAUAAGAAUUAUUGCAUUUGAUGAGAACAACAAAAUGUUAGGGCAUAGGAUUCUACCUGUUCAAGGUUUAAGACCAGGUUAUCGCCAUCUUCCACUCAGGAAUGAAUGUAACCUGCCCCUCCUACUACCAAGUCUGUUUGUCUACAUCAAUGUUAUGGACUAUGUGUCUGACCAGUUCGCUAUAUUCACAUGGGCUUUAAGUAACCCUAUACAGUACCUGUCACAGCUAGAGAAGCGUGACGCUCAGUUGAAGAUUUUAGAAGAUAUGGACAAUGAAGACAUGGAAGUGUCGGAGAGCUCUGUCGAUGGGCCGAAGGAUGUCUCCCGUCAAAACAGCAGUAGUAGUACGGUCAACCCCAUUCCAGAGAAGAAGGCAGAUAAGAAACCUGUCACCAGCAAAACCUCACAUGCAGAAAUUAAACCCCAGAUCAGCAGCAGCUCGGACAGUAGCAGCCCAUCAGAUCGCAUGUUUUAUCGAAUGGUGAGCCAGACACAACUACGUAGUGUGAACAGUAUCAACAAUGAAAAUGGCAUUAAUGCUGCCACCUCCAAACUCAAUGAUCCAGCCAUCCUACAACCGACAUGUGUAGAGGAGCUCAAACAACAGAAACCCUUCUUAAAGGCUCUGAGUAAACGAGACAAAGAAUUAGAAUCUCUAAAAAAGAAACAUGAAAAAGUGAGAGAAAGCGUUAAGGAGGUACAUGACACACAGGUGGAUAAACUGUUACGUACACAGGUGAAGGCCAAACGGAGCCUAGAGAAGACCAACAGUAAAAUGCUAGAUAAGGCCAAAAAGCAUGGAAACCGAGACGAAGUGGAGCGUAAAACCUCUAUGGAAUACGAUAACCUCCUGACUGGCCAUGAGGUCGAGCAAAAGUCUAAGCACAAGGAUUUGCGGGACACACAGACAGAUAUGUUUGUUUCCAUAAGUAAGGAGCACUAUCAGGCCGAGUUGGAGAUACACCAGCGCCAUCUGGAGCCUCUGUACACAGCUCUCAAGGAAAUCAUGGACCAGGACCACAAAAACCACCUCAAGCGGCUCAGUGACGUCCAUGAUGCUGAAGUGAAAAAGCUUACGGAUGACAUGGAAGCUUCACGGCAAAAAGAUAACAAACAGAUGAGCAAGCAGUACAAGGAUAAAGAGGAAAGAGCAAGACGAAGACGCGAAGCGCAGCAGAAGCAUGUAGACUUAGUGGUAGAACGAAGAAGGAAGCUUAGUGAUAUACUUGCCAAGAAGACAGAAGAACUGAACAAAGCUCUAGAAGGCAUUGUGGACGAGUUUGAGAAAGAGAGACUACAGGCCCCAGAAAAGUUGAACGCCGAGUACGAGGAGAAAUGUGAAAAAUUGACAGCCCAGAUUAAGGGCUGCGAGACAGUGGAAGAAAAUACCCAGUUAUAAGGUCUAUUAUGACUAGCUUUGUGAUACGAGACCUGGAACUCAAGGCCAGGCCACACAGUGACGCCAGGGGUCCCAACCAUCCAAACAUGGACCAAAAGGGCUAGUAACCUUCGAUAAGUGGACCAUUCUGGCAAAUGGAUCAACCAUGUGGCCAAACUGGCAACCAUCAAUACAUGGUCAAGAGGUUAUACUUACUAGUAACUUUUAAGAAACGGAACUUUCUGGCAAUCAUCGUUAGAAAUGGAUCACCCACAUUGGAAAUCAUCAACUUACUGGGAUCAAUUUGUUUUCUCGGCUUGGUGACUACGUUUUCCGCCCGAUCGUGGCCAUCUUUCCAUUGGCACCCUUCACUGUUAGGUCUGGAUUACAGUGUCGCGGUUGUCAGUCUUACGUGGAAACAGAAUGCUGUAAAAGAGGUUCCCAUUGUCUCCUUUAUAUUGACAUUUUUAUACAAAAAAUAAAUAAAAGGGAUGUCCGUGAUCUUAACACUUUAACCAAAGUUGAAAGCACAAAACAAAAAACAAAAAAAAACAAAAAACAUUGUUUGAUCUCUUCGUUAUUGUAAAUCAUUUAAAUUGUUUUACAAUUAAGUAUAGCCACUUUUACAACAUACUGUUAUCAUUAUCCUAAUAUACUUGAAUGUCUUUCUUAAUGCUCCAGACGAAACACUAGAGUUUGGUGCCGUGUGUUCCACACAAUACUGUGACUAUCUGUAUAAUGAUGUGUGACGUCUUGAACGUUUAGGUAGAAUGAGGUAAAAUUUUGUAGUCUGCAAUUUGUCAGCAACACCAUUGUGGACAGUGUGGAAUAUUGAAACUUUACCCAGUAAUGUAAGUUAUGGUGAUCAAAGCCAACUGUUAGUAAGUGUUUUGUCUUGCGGUGGUGUCCAUAUAUAUAUAUAGCAUUGUUUUUGGGGUCUGUGGAAUAUCACAUUCUGGAAAUCACUUUAUUUACAGAACAAGUCCUACAUGUUUUUAUCACAGUUUUGGUAGGGGAUGUAAUCUUUGUGGAGUAAGGGAUAUGAUUUUGUGUUCUCUAAGAUACAUGCACUACCACAGUACAGCUUCCAUUAAGUAUAGUUGAUAGUAGUUCUACCGUUAUAGAUCUUUACGCUGAUAGAAUAUAGGGCAUUAUAAAACUUUACACAGAAUAUGGGCUAUGAUAGAACUUUACACAGAAUAUGGGCCAUUAUAGAACUUUACACAGAAUAUGGGCCAUUAUAGAACUUUACACAGAAUUUGGGCCAUUAUAGAACUUUACACAGAAUAUGGGCCAUGAUAGAGCUUAACACAGAAUAUGGGCCAUGAUAGAACUUUAUUCAGAAUAUUGGCCAUUAUAGAACUUUACACAGAAUUUGGGCCAUUGUAGAACUUUACACAGAAUAUGGGCCGUGAUAGAACUUUAUUCAGAAUAUGGGCCAUUAUAGAACUUUACACAGAUUAUAGAACUUUACACAGAAUAUGGCCCUGAUAGAGCUUAACACAGAUCAAAUAUGAGCCGUUACAGAAUUUUACAUGUAAUAAAAUUUGGGCCGUUAUAGAGGUUAACACAGAUAGAAUAUGGGCCAUCAUAGAACUUUACACUGAUAGAAUAUGGACCAUUAUAUGAACUUGACACAGAGUAUGGGCUAUGAUAGAACUUAACACAAAGUAUGGACCGUUAUAUUAACUUAACACAUGAAUAAUGGCCAUUAUAGAACUUAACACAAAGUAUGGGAUUUUACAGAACUCGACAGAGUAUAGGCCAUUAAGUAACACAGAUAAAAACAUUGGGCAUUAUGGAACACAAUAUAGACAAUAUGAACUGUUACAAGUACUAAAAAUAAAGAUUGAUUCUCUUCAAGCCCUGCAGAAAGACCGACACAUAAAGUUGACCUUUUACACCAGUUUUGUCAUUUUUGUAUAGGUGCCCUUAUUUUAGUUGGAUUGUAAAAUCUGUAAGGGUCACAUUUCUCCGUUCUUUAUGUUCGUUGGCCCACGGAGGAGUCAUGCUUUUUGACCUGUACGUAAACAAUGACCUGUGUUGACCUUUUGUCUAGGUAAAUAUCCCAUAUACAGAGGUAUACUAACAUUGUCUAUACACCUCAUAACAUUCCAUCAUCUUUAGAUUUUCUUUAUCCAUGUUACGACCUGAUUUAGUAAGAUAAUUAUAUAUAUAUAUAAUAUAUUGUGCUUUAGGUAUAAAAAGUUUUAAGAUGUUCUAGAGUAAGUUCAGAACAUUGAUGCACACAUUUGUUGUGAAGUCUGUUGUGUAUGCAAGUGGUUCAUUGACAAUGUCAUUGAGUUGUUAUAAUGUCUACAGGUGGGCAUGAACAUUAUCUUAAGUUGAUUAUUACUCUGUUAUUGUUGAGGAAUGAUUGGACCCAAGGGCCUCGAGGACGCCAGUUACAGGUCAUCAUUCUGUAAACAACCUGUGGAAUCAGAAUAUUGUACAGAUUUUAUUAUUUAUAUGCAUAUUUCUUUUUCAAAUACUGUUUUGUUGAAUAUGUUUCCCUAAUUUUAUGUGAUAUUUUUCCAUAUUUGUCAAACAUAUGUUUAUAUAUAUAUCCUGUACAAUUUCCAUUACCUGGUUAUGUAUUUAAUGUCUAAACUUCCAUUAUCUGGCAAUGGAUAUUGCAUAUAUUGUAUGAUAACUGCCAUUAUCUGUAACGUUGGUGAUAUACCCAGUUCCUGGUUACCAUGCUUUUGACACAUAGUGCUGGUAUGUUAAUCUCCACAAAAGGUUAUGAAGUAUAUUGUCAACAUCAACAUGUACUGACCUAUAAACCUGGUUAUGUGACACACUCACCUCUUAACCUGGUUAUGUGACACACUCACCUCUUAACCAGGUUAUUUGACACACUCACCUCUUAACCUGGUUAUGUGACACACUCACCUCUUAACCUGGUUAUUUGACACACUCACUUCUUAACCUGGUUAUGUGAUAUACAGACCUCUUAACCUGGUUAUGUGACACACUCACCUCUUACAAAACCUAGUUAUAGGACUCUGGAAUCUUUCCUUGAUUAUGUGACACGCUAACCUCUUAACUUGGUUAUAUGACACACUGGCCUUGUAACCUUGUUAUUUGACACACUGGUAUCUUAGCCUGGUUAUUUGACACACUGGCCGCUUAGUCUGGUUAUGUGACACACUGACAUCUUAACCUAGUUAUGUGGCACACUGACCUCAAUACCAAGUUAUGCGAUAUGCUGACCUGUUAUCUAGUUGUGUGGUAUAAUUGACAUGCCUCGUGUCUCAGUUGCUGACCUCACUGGUUUUAAACUGGUAACAUAACAAACUGACCAUCAACCCAGUUACUAGGUACAAAGAUGGCUUUUUUGUUCUGACAUCUAUAACCUAGUUAUGUUAUUUGUCUUGAUAACCAGUCUAUUCUGAUGUCUGCAUCUUGUCGCAUGAUUUUCUGGCAACCAGUGUGUGUUUCUCAUAACCUGGUUAUGUAAUGCCAGAUGUUGACUUGUAACCUACUGUGUCAUGUGACUAUCCAGCAACCAAUGGUGUCAUAACCUGGUCAUGUGACUUUCCAGUAACCAGUAGCGUCAUUACCUGGUCAUGUGACUUUCCAGUAACCAAUAGAGUCAUUACCUGGUCAUGUGACUCUCUGGUAACCAAUGGUGUCAUAACCUGAUCAUGUGACUUUGAUAACAAUAUCUUACUGACAUCAGUAACGCGUUGGUGAGUUUUUGGGAACCAGUUUUGGGGCUGUGAGACUGCCAACUGUCUGAUGUACUAGCUUUAUUUAGAAAUCUCAUUUUAUAUGAAUUGUAUGUGUUUGUGACUUUCUCAUAACUUCCACUGUAGAACCAUGAUUGAUUUAUGUCGGUCGAUUUGUUUUGUUGUUUUACAUGUGAAAGUACUAAUUUUUUUUCUGCAAAUUUGUUGAAAUGAAAUAGAAUAAUGGUCUUUCAAAGAAUUUAUUUAGAACAAAAAUGAUAUGCAUCUUCCCUUUCUUAUUUUGUAACGCCUGAGUUAGUAUCGCAGGUGUUUUGAUUACAGGUAGAACUAAGACAAUAGACAAUAUAAAUGCUACAAGUGAUGAAAUGCUGGUGAGUAUUCACUGGGCUACUGGAUAUGUGUCAACAUGUUUGUUUUUUUAUGCCAAAACAUAAUCAUAUUUACUCUAAUAGUGUUUAUAUUUGGGAAUUUGGUUCUUAAACUUGUGUCAAGUUUCACUCUUUAGGACUUUUCUCAAGUGUAGCUCGAAGGUGUUCAGAACGAAUCAUAUGUUAUUGGUUUGUUGAUCGUGUUACGAUUGGAGCUCUGACAUGUAGUCGAGGGGAGUGGUGCUGUUUUCAUGAGAUGAGGAGCUAUAGUCAUAAUGAUAAACAAGGGGAGGUAACUGUAAUAGGCAGUGUAACAAAAACGUGAGUCAAGAAUAUCUGUAGACAGGACACAAUACAACAAUGUCCAUUGUCUGUCACAUUAAAUAUUGAACCUCUAGAGACACAAAAAAUCAGCCGUGAAAUCCUGUUCCCCAUUCCAUGUGUAUUAGUUUGCCGCAGUGAGCCUACAAAGCUCGGACGGGCUGUUUCGGAUAGUUUAUAUAUAUAUAAUGUUAUUAAUAAAUUUGUUUCUUUCUAGUUGAAAGUUAUAAAUCACUCAAAAUAGUACUUUAAGCCUGUUAACUUUCUAUACAGCAUCAGUAGUACAGUUAGAGUAGGUUGUGUAUGUAAGUUUUCCAGACAGAUAUCAUACCUCUGUCGGAGAUACACUGGUAGCCGUAAUGUAGAUAUAGCCGAUAGUACCCACUGGGCAUAGUAAUAAUUUAGUUCAUCUUUAAAGUUUAUUGAUAUUAAUUACUUAACUUCCAAAAUUACUUAAAUAUGUACAAUGUGAUUGUCCAUUUUUAUAUGCCUGGCCUCGCUAGUAUAAAACUUUGUGUCAAGAUUUCUUUAUACAAGCGGGGCCUGGUUGUGUAUGAUGCACGCACAGACCAAAUUCACUCAGAAAUAUUAUGCCAAAUAAUUGCCAAAUGCAAUAGAGAAAAUUUUAACCAUUUUAAUGGAAAAGAAGAAAAAAAUUAACGGGUCAUAAAUAUUCAGGUGAGAGGUAAUGAAUCUUGUUUUAACACAUUUUACUAAAGUUAUUGAGUAAAUUAGUGAUUCUGUACAACUAGGAUAUCACUUUAAGAUAACUGUACAAAAUAAUCUGACAGCACUCAUAGAUAGUCUUGUACAUAUUAGGUCAGAAAUGUUGGCAGGUAAAAAGGCUUCUUCAUGCUUAGAAACAUUGAUCUUGAACUUCUCAUAUUGUUUUGACAAUUGGUAUAGAUCUUUGUCAGUAUACUGUAAACCAUUAUCGCAUAAACAAAACUUUUUAAACUCCUCUAAUUAUUCAUACUGUUAAGACUUAUGCCUCUUUCAUUAAAUGCUGUUUGAUUAGUUGGAGCAGUGUUGUUCAUUUAUGAAUGACUUUGGGAUUUUUUUCCCUUUUCUGAUGAGCCAUUUGUAGGUCUGUCAAGAUUUAUACCAGAAUUGUUGUAUUUCGAAAACUUAUGAAACUGCAUUCAAAUGAAAACGUCCUUGUGAUAGCAAUGUUAUACCAUGAUGUAUUCAGUCUUUUUUUGAGUGAUUAUACUAAUAUUAGCCCGCGACGUUGUGGAUCUUUCUUCGUACUGUAGAGAAUUUGAGGCUGUUUGAACUUCAUUGCUCACUGACCAUGUUAUAUGGCAUAACAUUAGCCAAAACACAUAAACUGUAGAAAGUUGUAUAUGUUGAAAUAUAUGUUAUAUUCUAUUCCUUUACUAACUUUUCUAGUCUUACCAGUACACAGCUCUACCUUUGCCGUUAAUAAUCGACCUGACAAAGAUGUUUCAUUUUCAUCUCUUUUCUUGUAUUAUAAAUAAUUUCUUUUAUAUGUCUCAAAUGUUUAUUAAAGUAACUGUAGGGUUUAAUGUUGGUUACGAGUGAUUGUGUUUUGUAAUAGUGUGAAAGGCCUAUAUUUAGUUGAUAACAACCAUUGUGAUAUAUUUAGACAGAGAAAUAUUAACUUCCACAUACAUAAAGUAUUGGUCUUUUUGAUAAAUGAUAAUAUAUGUGCAUUUGUAAUUAGUGUUCAGGGUUUGAACGAAAUAUAUAUAUUGGAAGGAUCGAUUCUGUUAGCAUGAAA